AUGUCGUCAACUACACCUCAAUCGCAAGCAUCAAUGCUCGCUACAAUAACUACAGACUUGGAUAAGAUUGCUCCGCGAUUUGAGGUUCAACCUGAGCAGAUUCAAGUGCUGCAAACGCCAUCAGAAUUUUAUGAGACGCUAAAGGAUAGGAUCUCCCGAGCGCAAAGACGCGUCUAUCUCAGCACACUAUACAUUGGCAAAACUGAACAUGAGCUCAUCUCGACGAUCCGCUCAGCCCUACAGAAGAAUCCCAACCUUAAGGUAUCAUUCCUCACCGAUGCCCUCCGUGGUACACGGGAGACUCCGAAAGCAUCAUGUGCCUCGUUACUCGCCCCCCUGAUUGCAGAGUUCGGCGACAGAGUCGAAGUUCGGAUGUUCCAUACUCCGAAUCUCACCGGCCUGAGGAAGAAGGUCGUUCCUAAGCGAAUUAACGAGGGCUGGGGUUUGCAGCAUAUGAAGCUCUACGGCGUCGAUGACGAGAUCAUCAUGUCCGGCGCAAACCUCUCGUCUGACUACUUUACGAAUAGACAAGACCGCUAUCAUCUCUUCAAGUCAGCCGAGUUGGCAGAAUACUUCUCCAAGAUUCACUCGGGCGUUUGUGACCUCUCUUUCGACAUCCAACCAUCUGCUGAACCCGCCGGGUACACCAUGAGCUGGCCUUCGUCCAACUCUGCGCCAUCGCCUCUUGCAAGUCCUAAAGAGUUCCGGUCUGCCGCCUCCAAGCACCUCUCACACCUCCUGACACCUUCCAAUUCUCCCAAGGCACUCUCCUCUGGACCUUCGUCGACCACCAUCUACCCAGUCAUGUCCUUAGUUCCCCUCCUCAAUACGUCAACUGAGCUGCCGGCAAUCACGAAGGUCUUGACUCGACUAUCCCAGGCCCCAUUCCACCCUGCCACAUGGACCUUCACGGCUGGCUACUUCAACAUGACACAAUCCUUCCGACGGCUGCUGCUCUCGACACGACCUGCCAGUGGCACCGUCUUGACUGCACAUCCCUACGCCAAUGGCUUCUAUGGCUCCAAAGGCGUGAGUGGUAUGCUCCCCGAUGCAUAUACCCAUCUAGCCAAGAACUUCCUCCGCAAAGUUCGCCACGAUCGUCUGGAUGAUAGCAUACAGCUGAAAGAGUGGCAGCGUGGUAAAGUCAACGAGGAAGGCGGCUGGACUUAUCAUGCAAAGGGAUUAUGGGUUACAUUCCCAUCUGCUGCUUCCUCUGCGUCUACAAAGGCACCUGCUGUAGAUGAGGACCCCAGCCUGACGAUUGUUGGGUCAUCGAACUACACGAAACGCUCGUAUGAACUCGACCUGGAGGCAAACGUUAUCAUCGCGACUUCUGAUCCGGGUCUGCGCAGACGCCUCGGCGAGGAAGUCAAGUGGCUCGGCGAGUACGCGAAGAAGGUGGACGAAUCUGAAUUCGAGAAGCCGGAACGUAAAGUCAGCAUGAGUGUCAAGUUGUCGAUGUGGCUCGUGAGGGUUCUGGGAGGAGCUUUGUGA